UUAUUCUACGUGAAGGCAGCAUCGACUUGGUGAAUUAAUUUGCAAAGUUCAUGACGGUAUUCAGAAUCUUGGAGCGACCUGUUUUGAACAAACUUAUAGGUCCAAGCCGAAAGAUCCGCUUGGACAGUUCAACCACCGAUCGUCAAAUUCUUUUAAGUGCUAAGAAAGAUCAGCAUAAGUUUGCUCUCAGACUGUUUGAAGUUCAAAGGGGAUUGAUUAUGCUUGAGUGUUUAUCAUUCGGAGUAGAUUGAAAGAGAUUCAUAUUUGUAUUGGAGAGCAGAGAGCCGAACCAGGUAUUUUCAUGGGUGAUAACAUUAUAUGAAUACUUGCAUUCCAUAGAGAUUUUGUCCUUGCUGCGAUGUUUACCUUACGAUGCAGAUAUUUAGACAGAGAACAAGGGAAACGUCGCCGAUCUUCAUACACGUACACCUCCGUUUCGAUUGUGGAACAUUAGACUGAUCGUGGAAAAUAUCUUUGAAUUCAUUUUGUACUACUACUGUAGGAGAUGACUGAGAGCAAACAAUAAUGACCAAAUUUCACUCAAAUGCAGUGCAAUCUGUGGAAAGUAUCUGAAUUCACUACUUUGUAAAAUGGUAUGGUUCACUCUUGAAAUUUAGAAUCUAUCUGGAAUUCGAUCCAAAGAUUUGAGGCAGAGCAUCAGGAGGAAAUGUUUUUACGAUGGAUGCCAAAGGCAAUAAUACUCACCAGACUAUCACAGCAGCAGUCUUAAGCGUUGUCAUUGUGCUAUUGGUGAUAAUCCUUACGUUGUUGGUAAUCUACAUCGCCGUACUCAAAUGGAAAAAGGGUCAGCGACGUCGUUCAGAGCGCGAUGUCGAACGUCCGACCUCGCUGUUUCAUCAUAACCCUUCCAACUGCAUUAUAUCAAACGCCAUCAAUUCGAUGACCAAUUACCAAAUGAGGGCCCAUGAGAACACUAAAGUGAAUCCUGCGUAUGUCCAAGAGCUGGAGGACGAAGGCUCCCAGAAUGGAUGGACUCCGGGUUGUGGUCCUUGUGAUGGUGACUCAAGUGGUCACCAUGUUAACGAGAACGACCUAACUAUGGCUCAUGAACAGGUGGAUAUAUUAACUCCUAACAGUUGUGGUAGUGGACGUAUCGACGGCGAGUUGAUUGAAUUGUUAAAAACAGAUAUGAGGGAAAGUGUCACUGUUGAGGUCGACAGCAAACUGUUAGUGUUUAUGUCAAGGGAGAUCGAUGAUUCAGGUGGAACUCUUGUUCUGGACAAGAUGGGUAUCUCACUUCUAAUUCCACCCUGUGCCAUCCCUCGCGGUAAGAAGCAGAUCAUCCAAUUGGUACUUGACUGGGAUCUCAGUGACUUCCCACCAAUGACAGACACCCAGACUAUUAUAAGUCCUGUGGUUCACUGUGGUCCACAUGGACUUAAGCUCUUAAAACCAGCCAUCCUAAGCUUUAUGCAUUGUGCUGAUGAUGUUCAAGACAUCGCGGUGUUGUCCAGCGAGACGCAUUUGACUCAGGACAAACACUGGAAACCAAUCCAGCAUCGGAAGAAAUGUGGCAAGGUUGAAUACGCGCUUCUUGAAAACCAGUGUCAGGUGUACCUAUCUCACUUCUCUCUCUACACCUGUAUCGCACAAGGUUCACAUCCUCGGUUGACCAAGAAGUGGAUUCAGCUUGCCGCGUUCGGAAAGAAAGAGGGAGGACAAUUCCAGGUGUUUAUAUACAUGCUCAACAACACACCAUGUGCUCUGCAGUUCGCUACUCAGCAACAAGCAAAGUAUAAUUGCUCAAUGAUUCGAUGUCCUGUAGAGUUCUUGAUUGAUGAGGAAGGAGGGGACCUCGUCUUUGAUUUGAAACACGUGAGUGAGGGGUGGAAUCCUGUAGGGCGCAAAUGGGAGGAGAUCGGCCUCUUUCCUGACAUCUGGCAAGGGAAGUGCAACAACAUUUCCUUCACGUUCAAACACGAUAACCCAUCCUGCACAGACCUCAACUUUAAUAUCUGUCUCUUUCAGAAGGACAUGCCUGACGUUAAGCGACACUUCGAAGUUGCCAUGUCGUUUCAAAUCAAAGGUCCACCCAGGAGCACUCGGAGAUACCUACAUCCCACCACCAAUCUUAAUGUGAAUCUUUCCCCUGCUCUGCCUUCGUUUGUCAUCAACGGGUUCGACAGCGGUAUUUCGACCACUGCGUCGGAGACGACCUCUUUUAAGUCGGUGGUCAUGGAUCAUUACCAGGUCACCAAUAACGAGAGCAAUACUGAUAACGACGACAAAGAUGGUCAUUCAUACCACAUAGACGUGUCUGGUUGUUGCGGGGGAGAUCAGGCGUAUGAUGGCAGCGAAGAGAGUGACGACGACGACGAUGAAGGUGGGGAUUUUGAGGAAGUCACAUCAACCACGAAAAAAACUCACCUCGUCAAAAGCACACGAGGACAAAUGCCGACGGAAUAUUCUGAGAGUACCAAAUCGAGAAACACAACACAUAUCAAUAUCCACACGGGGAAUGUAGUUCAACCUUCAAAAUCCCUCGAUCACCGUCAGCUCCUGCAAGACGACCCUCCUAUCGCUGUCUUCCCUCUUCGGCUUCGGUCAAAGCUCACAGCCUUGCUGGACCCUCCAAGCUCCGUCACAUCCUCGGUCAAUGACUGGCGUGUUCUGGCUGAAAGCCUCAAUCUAGAUGCCUUGGUGAGUCUGAUUCGUAUGAAGCCGAGCCCUACUGAGGAAUUGUUGGACGUCGCAGCGCAGAAAGGAAAGGACUGUCGAUGGCUCUAUGGAGUACUUCGUGACGCAGAACGUUACGACGCGGUGGACGAGGUAGCGAAGUACUUGGAGACCGAACAAACAUGUGGACGAAGAGGAGGUUCGAUGCAGGGAUUCCAGCAUAUCGAAGACGCUCUCUUGUAGUUACUGAUAUACAGCUAUCAAUAGCGUUGACAAUUAUUAUAGCAUCAUAGCAUUUUUACAAGAGGUGUCAUUUUGAUUGCGUUAUUAUUUGCGUUAAUCAGACCUAUAUCAGUAUAUGUCUUUGAGGAUCAAUUACGCCUAAAGGCUUGUUCAGAUUAUCAGAUAUGAAACGGCAAAACCGCGGCGGUUAUGAUAACGUAUAUGGUAAUACGCUUCAAAUCCUAAAUUAUAUAACACAUAGUUUAGUGAAUACUUGCCUUUUGUUGCGCGCUGUUGCCGGUUGCCGUUUUUGCGACGGUUUACCGCGCAUAUCUGAAUGAGCCUGAAAUCAUGCACCAGUAUUUUAAUGGAACAGUAUUACACGUCUUAUUUUGCAGUCGCAUUUUGUACGAGGACAUGGCGCGUCAAAGGCCGCACCAGUCGCUGACACAGUCUUGCGUUACCGGAUAACACCUCGUACGCAACGUGCAGUCUUGAAGAAAAAAAUAUAUAUAUAACUGUUUUUUUUUU